GGUGCGCGGCAGCGCCCUCAGGUCGCCUCCCGUACCGCUGUGCGCUGCCGCCGCCCGGAGCAAUGCCGCCCUACACCCUCGUCUACUUUCCCAUCCGAGGGCGCUGCGAGCCCAUGCGCAUGCUGCUAGCUGACCAGGGCCAGACCUGGAAGGAGGAGGUGGUGACCCGCGAAGACUGGAGGCAGGGCACAGUCAAGGCCUCCUGCCUUUUCGGACAGCUCCCCAAGUUCCAGGAUGGAGACCUCACCCUGUACCAGUCCAAUGCCAUCCUGCGGCACCUGGCCCGCACCUUUGGGCUCUAUGGCAAAGAUCAGCGAGAGGCAGCACUGCUAGACAUGGUGAAUGACGGAAUGGAGGACAUCACCAACCGCUUUGUCCAACUCCUCCACAAUAACCCUGAGGAGGGCAAGGCCCAAUAUUUGAAGGAGCUUCCUGGGUACCUGAAGCCUUUUGAAACUCUGCUGGCCCAGAACCAGGGGGGCCAGGCUUUCAUCGUGGGAGAUCAGAUCUCCUUCGCAGACUACCGCCUGCUGAGCCUGCUGCUGAACUUCCAGGUCUUGGCUCCUGGCUGCCUGGAUGAUUUCCCCUUGCUCUCGGCUUACGCCGUACGCCUCAGCGGCCGGCCGAAGCUCAAGGCCUUCCUGGCUUCUCCUGAGCACAUCAAUCGCCCUAUCUCUACAUUCCUCAAGAAGUGAGCCUGUGUGGUGCCUGCCCUCCAUCUGGGGACUUGCCACCCUUGGGGACCGAAAAAAAACACUGACGUG